UGUAAUUUGUACUGUACUAGCUGAACUAAUACACAUUGCUUGCUCUAAACAAAACAGGGAGCGCCGAUUGAAGAAAAAAGAUCUCCGUUGAUCAGGCUAGAUUGGUGAAGAUUGCAGUGGAUUAUUAGGCCUAUGCCAGAGCUUGCUCAACUAUCUACAAUGUUUUGGAUGAUCUUUGUGCUUAUGGAUUUAUUGGUUGUAGCCGAAAUGAUUCGCGCAACAGAAGUCGAAGUCAGGCAACUGGAAAUAGGCACCUCAGGAACGAUCCCCUGUGACCAUGUGGGAGACGAUCCUGAGGUUCGUGUAGUACAGUGGUACAAGAGCAGGAACAUUAAUGCAUUUGAAAACGGCGAUCCCAGUCUGGCAUCGUGGGUGAACGGUGAAACUAGAAGCCUGUCGAACUACAACAUGGAAGAUACCACUUUCUCCUUGGUCUUUGAGAAGGCUACGUCGGAGGACGAAGGUCUCUAUAAGUGUCAUGUGGAAAGUGGAGACUUGUAUAUUGAGUCAAACUACCUCACCCGUACGGCUGUGUAUGCUCUGCCUCAAAAGGGCCCGAUGAUAACUUUGGACACUGCUUUUAAUCGUAUUAAUUGCACUGUUGAGCACGUGAAGCCAGUGAUACACCCGGUGUUCAAUUUCGACUACAGUCAUGCCAGUACUGAGAAAUAUGCAGUCCAGCAUGAAGACGGAACAUACACGACAUCGCUCAGUUGCACACUUCCUCAGAACAAGAGUGUAUCACAAGUGGAUUGUUCCUUUUCCUACUUACACUACCAACGAGUACGAUCGUUAGAUUUGCCUGAUAUCACCACUGACAGCCUGGUGGAAAAUAGAAGAACGACACUGUCACCUAUGAGCACGUCUGUGACAUUUGCAGGCGAUGGAUGUAGAACAAUUGAUCAUAACGCAAUCAUUGGUGCGGGGAUUGUCAUAGGUUUUAUGACAGUAAUCAUCUGCUUAAUGUUCAUCAUGUUGAUUCGGAAGCGCCCUUUAAAGCCAAUAUGGAUUCGGGACGUGCAAAAUUGCAACAAGGCCGAGGAGAGUGAGGAGAAUAUGAUCAAACCUGCUAUGCCGGUUUAAGUAACGACAUGAGGUGGCAUCAUUGAAUCUUGUAAUUUUUAAUGAACAUAUGUCACUACAAAUAUAUUUUUCUAAUUUCAAGGUAAAUACCAUGCAAUUGUAUUUAUAUCUCCGUAUGUAUAUUGGCUGUAUUAUAACUUUCAUGUCCGAUAAGUAUUCUAUGUCUUUGUGUACCUCUUCAAAGGACAAUUGUUUUAGUUCUUAUUGUUAAUUGCUUAUGAUAUAUGUAACGAAUGUGAAUGUGAAAUAUGAAAUAAACCGACCUUAAAACUGAACUGAGUCACAAUUUACUCCCUCUUCUCCAGCCCUGAUCGCUUUGUCCAAGAGAGAACAAAAUAGUGCAAUAUCCCAAAAGAAAGGAAAGGAAAUUUUGACUGCGUACUUAUUAAGAGUUAAAACAGACAAUUACUUUACUGAAGUCGGUGGAAAGAAAGGUUGUAUAUUUGUAUUUUAUUAUGAUUUGCAGGGUGUUUGUGUUCACACUCAAACCACUUGAUUGAAGGAGAAAUUAUCUAAGGGCCAAAUUUGCAAAAACACUUAAAAAUGCACCCAUCUUCAGAGACUGGUUGCCUAUUUCCAGACAGAAUACAAUAUCAAAGUCACUCAGAAGAGUGACUCCCUUUGAACAGAUCAGACGUAGAACAGAACGGUAUAUACACAGUCCAAUACCAUAUCUUGAAAGGUUGUUAAAUGAAUCUUAAAUUCUCGGACUGUGCAUCUAGAAUUGUUUCACUAUCUAAAUCUUCGGAUGUAUCAGGGUACAUUAUAUCAUCUACUUUAUGCAUUAUGUGUCAUGUUAUUACAAGAAGAAAAAAAGAGUGUUUCUGCUAUAUACACUGCAUUGUAAAUUGAUUGAUAUUUAUUUAAUAGUUUUUACAAGACGACUAUUGAUUUCUUACAUGGCAUUGUAAAUUGAUUUAUAUCUUUUUAAACAGAAUAUCGAUGUAUAUCACUGAAGUUUAAUAAAUACAAUACAAUACACUAUAACAAUACACUAUGAAAUAAAUAUAGUCGUCUUGUAAAAACUAUUAAAUAACUCGAUCAAUAACUAAAUUGUUAACAUUUAUCUAAUUUAUGUUUGUUUUACAAUAAUCUACAAAGAAUUGUUUAUAUUGUAAUAUUUGUAUAAU